AUGAUUCCCCAAGGGCUUUCAAACUGCCUGUGGGCAUCAGCCAAGCUUCAGUCUUUGGCACCAGAAGUGCUGAAGGUACUUCCUGCCAUGGCACGACAUCUUCCGGGAAAACUCGCAGGUAUGAAGCCCCAAGAGCUAGCGAUUUGCCUGUGGGCAGCUGCUACGGUGCGGGAUAACUCGCCGGAGCUUUCGCAAGCCGUGCCGGCCUUGGCCGCGGCCGUCAAAGACCAAGCUGUCUCCUUCGAUGCCCAAGCUUUGUCCAACUCUUUCUGGGCCUCAGCAAAGUUGAAGGACCUAGUGCCGGAGGUCCUUGUUGCCGUGCCACCACUGGCUAAGCAUAUCGCCCGACAAGUUGCGAAGAUGACACCGCAACAACUAUCGAACUGCCUUUGGGCUGCUGCGGUUCUGAAGGAUGCCGCGCCUCAUGGUCUGUCCACCGUGCGACCUUUGGCCAAGCACAUUGAGCUCCAGGUCGGCAAGAUGUUGCCGCAGCACCUCUGCAACUGUCUUUGGGCCAUAGCAAAACUGGAACGAGCACCCCCGGAGAUUUUAACGGCGGUUCCCGGCAUCGUGCGACUCUUGCCAGGCAAGCUUGCGCUUUUGGACCAUCAGUUGCUUUCCAGCGUCUGCUGGGCAGUUGCGGUCUUGCAAGAACCUGCUCCUGAUGUACUCGACAUCGCACCAGCCCUUGUGGACAGAAUCCUCAACUCCGAGCUACGAGACUUUGAUGUGCAGGCCGUGUCCAACUGCCUGUGGGCUGCCGCAUGCCUCCAGGACUCGGUCCCAUGCAUGCUGACCGUGGUGCCUGUCCUUGCAAGUUCUGCAGCGGACCGGGUGGAUCGCAUGCUGCCACAGGAUUUGUCAAACUGCCUUUGGGCCGCAGCGACCUUGAGAGAUUCGUCGCCGGAAGUUCUCGAAGCAGUGCCGGCUUUGGCCACACACAUACCAUGCCAGGUGGACAAGAUGGUUCCGCAGCAUUUAUCCAACUGCCUGUGGGCAGCAGCAACUCUGAAAGACAGAUCUCCGGAAGUGCUGCGAGCAGUUCCUGCCCUGGCUAAGCGGAUUCCUUACAAGGUGCAGGACUUCAAUUCGCAGGCCUUGUCCAACUGCCUUUGGGCAUCGUCGCAGCUGCAAGAAUCGGUUCCGCAAGUUCUGGAGGCGCUUCCAGCCCUCACCGACACCCUCGCACAGAACGUGGAGUUUGUCAUCUCACGGCGCUGGUGA